CCGUGGCUGUACGGCGGCCGGGAGGGGCCGGAGGGCGCAGGCGCGGGGGCCGCUCCGCCGCCCGCCGUGUAAACAAGGGCCCGGCGGGGAUGCGGCGGGACCGGGGCGGCCGCGGCUGAGGGGUGCAGCCUUCUGGAGGUGUUUCCUCGUCCUCCCCCCGCCGGACGGGGGUGGCGAGGGCCAUCCCGCCAUGAACUUGGCCGGGCAGAGCGGUGACGCCGGCAGCGGCCAUCUGCUCUUCGCCAACUUCAACCAGGACAACACGUUCAGGUGUCCUUCACCCGUGAUCCUUGAGGACAGGAGAGCUCUCUAUUCCAAGGAGACCUUAAAGCUAAACACAGACCAAAAAAAGGAAGGACAGAGCGUUCACGUAGCUCCUACACUCAGGGAGGAUAGCUGAGAGAGACAACCAUCCCUUGCAGUUGGCAGUAAAUCAGGCUACAAAUUCUUCUCCCUUUCUUCUGUGGACAAAUUAGAGCAGAUCUAUGAAUGCAUGCUCCCAUAGUAGAAACACUUGGCAAAUCUGAUGUUUUAUGGCUCUGCAUGAAUGCUGGGCAUCAGUGAUUCCUGCACAAAUUGCUCUUAGGACCUGUCAGACAGUAUUUCCUGUUGAUGUGCAUCAUUCUUCUUCCCUGAAAUGUCCCUCUGUAUUUUUCCCUCGUUCCUGUGAUUCCCCAGCUGACACAGAAGAUGUGUGCAUUGUGGAGAGACUCUUCUCCAGUAGUCUGGUGGCCAUAGUUAGCCUUAAAGCUCCACGCAAGCUGAAAGUUUGUCACUUUAAGAAGGGGACAGAGAUUUGCAACUACAGUUACUCCAACACCAUCUUGGCUGUCAAACUCAAUAGACAGAGGCUGAUAGUAUGUCUGGAAGAGUCUCUUUAUAUACACAACAUACGAGACAUGAAGGUAUUACAUACAAUCAGGGAGACACCUCCCAAUCCUGCAGGGUUGUGUGCUUUAUCAAUAAACAAUGAUAAUUGCUACCUGGCCUAUCCAGGAAGUGCAACUAUUGGAGAAGUACAAGUCUUUGACACCAUCAAUCUGAGAGCUGCCAAUAUGAUCCCAGCUCAUGAUAGUCCCUUGGCUGCUUUGGCAUUUGAUGCAAGUGGUACUAAACUUGCCACAGCCUCAGAAAAGGGGACAGUAAUAAGAGUGUUUUCCAUUCCAGAGGGACAGAAACUCUUUGAAUUCCGAAGAGGAGUGAAGAGGUGUGUGAGCAUCUGUUCAUUGGCUUUCAGCAUGGAUGGCAUGUUUCUGUCUGCAUCCAGUAACACGGAGACAGUGCAUAUCUUCAAACUUGAGACUGUGAAAGAAAAACCUCAGGAAGAGCCUACAACCUGGACAGGUUACUUUGGAAAAGUGCUGAUGGCCUCAACGAGCUAUCUGCCCUCUCAAGUAACAGAGAUGUUCAACCAGGGUAGAGCCUUUGCUACAGUCCGUCUGCCCUUCUGUGGGCACAAAAACAUCUGUGCACUUGCCACAAUUCAGAAGAUCCCUCGUUUGCUGGUGGGAGCUGCUGAUGGGUAUCUCUACAUGUACAACUUAGACCCCCAGGAAGGAGGCGAGUGCACACUAAUGAAGCAGCACAAGCUCGAUGGCAGCAUGGAGCCCGCCAAUGAAAUUCUGGAGUCUGCAUCCCACGACCGGCCGUUGGUAGCGCAGACGUACAGUGCCGCUGUGACUAAAGCCUAUACGGAUGAUCUGGGUGCUGUGGGUGGAGCUUGCCUGGAAGAUGAAACCAACUCACUGAGAUUGGACGAAGACAGUGAGCAUCCCCCCAUGAUCCUUCGGACAGACUAAACUUGGACCUGUGAACUCACUCCUGAAGCAGAGAACACUGGCUUGACGUUUCUUGAGGAAUCUCGUGUUAUGCUGCUAUGAACUUUGACAUGAGUUGGGAGAGAGGAUGACAGACUCUUACAGUUUUAAGUCGUAGCUGUAGUUCUAAAUCUAUACAAUUGGAAAAAUAUAUGGUUUUCAAUUCAGUGGCUUUUAAUCUUGCUUAUCUAUUUUAGCUGUGUUUAUUUUUUUUUUUUUUUGUUGCCAAAACCUGCUGUUCGUGCAGCCCUCAGAGCCUACUUAGCUUUGCAUGCAUUCAUGUGCCAAGCAAGCAUAGGAGGGGGAGAGAGAGAGAGAAGCCACUUUAUAACAAACUCAAGUUUGUAUUUUUUUUAUAUAUGUAUAUAAUAUUUAGCCUACAUAAGGAAGGAGUAGAGAAGUGGUUCUGGAAGCUGAGACUAGUUCUGCACUGACAAAGGUCCAAAUGGUUUCCUGUGCAUGGGCUUGCAGGCAUACCUAGUGACUGACAUGCAACCUUUCAAAUGCAAUGGCCUGUUUUUUUUGGGUUCUCCCUUCCCUUUCCUGGACCAUUUUGUUAAUUAAAAUUCCUUCUGAAUGUUG